CUUACCUUAUUAUCAUGAAUACUUAUCUAGAUUUCCAAGAACCAUGGAUGACUUCUUACUCGGAAGCUCAAGAGUAUGUAUUUAGUAUCCCAAGUCCACAUGAAGCAGACAGCUUUGUUGAAGAAGAUGAGCAGCCAGAACUAGAAGUUGGCCAACAAAAUUUGAACUUCAAUGCUAACCUAAACUUUGAAGAUUGCCCUGACUUUGAACCUCCAAUAGAUCAAGAAUUAUUCUCUUAUAAUUCCGAAGAACCAACAGUAAUCCAGUGCGAACUCUCUGGAGAUCUCAAAAAUAGUACUAAAGAGACGGACCCAGAUUCUUGUAGUAAAAUCCCUGAAGUAAGCUCCGAGGAUGAAAAGGAUCUACUAGAAGAGACCCAGAAGUCAACCCAAAGCAAUGAGGAAAGCUCUAGCUUGACAAAUAGCCCUUCUAGCAACAUUUAACGAGUCACAACAUUUGUUCAGAGAGGAUGUCAUCAUGAAAGCCACAAUUAGAGCAGCGAAUAAAAUUAUUAAAACCUUCAUUGAUGAAAAUUUGAAGCAGUAUUAUAAGGAACAUAGAGUUACAUUGAAGAGAAAGCUAGACACUCAUAGAAUCGAAACCUACGACUUCAUCGUAGAAUGUGUGACAAAGGCCCUAGGUUACCAGCUCCCUGAGAGAAGAAUGAAAGGAGUAUAUGCAAUCAUAUUCCAUCUUUGUCUUCGUAAGAGAGAUGCAAUUGAAUGGAUGAUUCCUUUCUCUAGUGAAUCUGAGAAGAGAUCUGUGGCUUUUGAGCUUCAAAAUUACAACAAACAGUCGUUAUCCUACACAAAAGAUGCAGGAGAGUUCUGCUUAAAUCACUGUUUGCUCAAAGUAGCGAAGGCUCUAUACUUCACUAAUCCAAGCUCCCAGGCUGUUUUCAGGGAUCAUGUCCUGAACACCAACAAGAUGGUUGGAAUCAAGGAUCCUGAGCAGUACUUGGCUAGAUUAGUCGAUGAGCUUAAACAGAUAGAAGAGGAUUUCUAA